AUGGCAACAGAUCUCCUCCAGGCUCGCGCCUCCAAAACCGCCGAGCUCUACGCCGACCCGCACAAUCCACACCUCUACCUCAACCGCGCCCGCCUCUAUGAGCAACUAGGAUUUCCUGAUCUUGCGGCGGCAGAUGCGUAUCGGGCACUUUCGCUGUUGGAGAGUGUUGUUGAUCCGGAUGGGUGUGAGUUUCAUGCUAGGAAGGUUGAUACUGCUGUGAUUGGGAAGGAGAAUGGUCGUGAUAAUGGGGAUGAGGAUGAGGAGGAUGAAGACGAGGACGAAGAAGAGGGAAUCCCCGUGACGCAGGAGGAAUAUGAUGCGAUUAUCGGCGAGGUUUAUGUCGUGUUGGUGCGCAGUCUCGUCCGGUGUGGCUGCUAUCGCGAUGCGUUUGAAUUCGGCAUGCGUGGAAUUGGACUUCUUUGCGAAUUGGGUGCGGAGAAGAACGAGGAUUCCGUCACUGUUCUCAACGAGCAAUUCGACUCUAUCAAGAAGAUUUACCAGUCGCGUACUGGCACUAGGGGUGAUAUCGAGUUGGAUGCAAUUGACCCCGCCGUCCUGCCAGCCCAGGGCUUCGCGCGUCGCAUCUUGUAUCCCUGGAAUGAACAUGAGCCUGAUCGUCGUGCGCCGGAGGAGCUCGUCCUCCUGAACGAGAGACUGAAGGACGUCGCGCCAAAGUGCGAAGUUCGCGCAGUUGCAUUGCCAGCUCUGCAUGGCGACACACCCGACGAAGACGAAGUCUCGGUGCAAUUGGGACUCUUCGCAAAAGAGGAUAUUGCUCCGGAUGAGAUUAUCCUCCGGGAAACAUCGCUGUUGACGGCUACGAACCGUCUUCACGAUGAUCUCUGUGAUGCGUGCAAUGCACCUCUUCCUGAUCUUUCGGCUGAGAAUCCACCCGUUGGAUGUGAGGGUGGUUGCGCCGAUACAAUCUUCUGUAGCCAGGCUUGUCACGAUACCGCGCAAAAGGUUUACCACGGUGCUAUCUGUGGUCUGGAUGGGCUCGAGUCUAUCGGGAAGGAUAUCCCUGAUCCAAAGGAUAAAGCCGAUUAUCUAUACCUGCUCCUACUAGGCCGUGCCCUGGCUAUGUCCGCUACACAAGACGUUCACGCGCUCGACCUCCCCGAGGUGAAAUAUAUCUGGGGCGAUUUCCACGAAUUCGACCUCACCUCCUCAUCCACAUCCACAAAAGACGAAUCCGCCACCCUCCCCUUCUCCUUCCACCUAAACAUCCUCCAACCAACCCGCAUCCUCGAAGAAAUGGAACUAAACCCCUACACCACCCUCCCCCUCUACGACACCUGGAUCCUGAACACCCUCUACGCCAAAUUCCGCGGCACCGCCUCCGGCCGUCUGUCCACCUGGGAUGGCGGGCCGGAGCUCUGCGCCGUCCAUCCACUCUGGUGUCUGGCGAAUCACUCGUGUGAUCCGAACGUGCGCUGGGAAUGGGGCGGGGAGAUUACGUUCCGCGCACGGAAUAAUGAGGAGACGGCUGUUUGGUCGCGGACGCUGGAUGAUGGGAGGAUUGAGAUGAAAGAUCCCAAGGCGGGGGGGAUUAGGAGGGAUGAGGAGAUUUUGAAUCAUUAUUGUGAUAUUGGGUUGGGGGUUAGGGAGAGGAGGGAGUGGGCUUGUGGGGCUUUGGGGGGGGAAUUGUAG